ACGUGGACGGGGAUCAAGAGAAAGCGGGCAACGGAGGUGGUUUUUGCUGUCGCUGCUACUCGUGUGGCACGCUUGAAGUUUAGUCGUGAGCAAACCCAUUGAGUGCUUCGAUGUGUUUCCUGGAUCGGAUACUCACAGAUGCUACAUUGCGUGAGAUUACCACGGAAAGUGCUGAACCAGAAACUCGUACCUCUCGGAAUAUGUGUUGGUGUGAUCAUUUCUCUCGUGAUCGUCCCGUUCAUAGGCUGCCAGAACCGCAGGUUGCCCGAACGUCAGCUUCGUCGACGAUUCGCGGCUUCUCCAGCCGAAGGAGACUUCGAACCCGUGCUCAAUCUGCAAGGAAAGCCCAAAACUUCUUCGGGAAGCAGUCCCGAAAAACUGAUCUUGGUGCGGCCGCGAUUCUACACCACAGAGCUCGAGAUCAGGGAGAAGCUCUUGGUCGCAGUGUUCACGACCCCAGAAACGAUCAGCACGUUUGGUGUCGCUCUAAACCGCACUCUGUCCAAGUACCCCAGCAAAGUAGUAUACUUCAGCUGCACGUCCCGCGGCGGCAAAGGAGUUCGCACGCCGUCCGUCAUUCUCUUGACGGAGACAAACUGCGAUGGCAUUGCAUUCCAGGCGAUCAAGCAUAUGUUUGUCAAGAACAUGGUUAAGGAUUACGACUUCGUGUUCCUUGUGCGAGACAGCACAUACGUGAACGGAGAAAAGUUGUUUAGUUUGUCGAGUCAUCUGAGCGUCAGUAGUGAUGCGUUUGUGGGGAGAGUAGUUUAUGGUGCGGACCACUGUGACCUGGACGCUGGAAUUCUUCUAAGCAACGGUGUGUUCCAUCAGAUGGCAGCAAAGAUGGACAAUCUUUGUGAAACGUCUGACACGAAAGACGAAAGCUUCGGAACCUGCAUAGUCAAAGCGACUGGUCUACGGUGUACUAGUUCCAUGCAGGGCCAAACCUACCAUGCCCUCAAUUUGGAGAAGGACCUGGGUUACGCACCAGACCCCUCGGCGCUUGCCACUAGAAAAGACUUCAGCAAAACAAUCACAGUGUUUCCAGUACUUUCGGCCAAGUACCACUACAGACUCCACCACUAUUUUGGUUACUACAAUCUGAACAAAGCGUAUCAACAUGUUGAACGGACAGAGUCCUCCAUAACAGGGCUCUCCUCUUACGUUGGAGGCAACAAUGGCCGCCUGAAUUGGCCAGUAGGAGUCGAUUCUCCGGUCAAGCCCUCGGGUCGAUUCGAUGUGCUCCGGUGCAUCAACUUCAACAGCACUCACAUGUUUUGGUGGAACGACCACACUGCCAUCGUGCCAAUUAGCGGAGCCGAGAAGCUGAGCCUCAACGACAUCACGCGCUCCGCCGAAGAUUACCUCAGGCGUAGCUCGCCAGGUAGAAACACGAGCAUCGCUCGCGUUGAAGAUGGAUACCGGACGUUCGACCCGAUGCGCGGCCUGAGCUACGUCAUCGACGUCGUCACGAGGGACCGAGACGCGGAAGCGUUGAGACGGUUACAGUUCCUACGCCCGCUGAGCAAGUCCGAAAUUCUGCAGAUGCCGUACGUCACCGAACAUACCCGCGUGGUAAUGGUACUAUUCGUGAAGCAGAACGAGCUCGACCACGUCACCCUCUUUAUAGAGGAAUACGCCAAGACUUGUUUGGAAAAAAAUGACAACACCAUGCUGCUGCUUGCUUUUCUGCAGACCGCCGGGUCGGACGAGUCGUUUGAUAACGUGCGGAAUUUUGCGCUGGGCUACGCGGACCGGUUUCAGAGGAGCAACGCCAAGCUCGCGACGCUCGUCAUCCGGAUACCCAAUCCCGGUAGGAUGCCUUCGGACUUUGCACUGGUGGACUUGGUUGCCAGGAAGCUUCCAGCGGAAUCGCUGGUUCUCCUGUGCCAAACGGGCAUGGAAAUACGCACAGACUACCUGAACCGUGUUCGCAUGAACACGAUAGCCGGCAUUCAAGUGUUCCUGCCGAUUCCGUUCACCCAGUUUCAUCCGGUCAUAUCGGAGCAGAGUCAGCCCACCCGAGAGACUGUCGAGCUGAGAAAGGAAAACGGUUUCUUUGACAGCAACGGCUACAGCCACAUGAGCUUUUACGUGUCCGACUAUUGGCGCCUCAGGGUGCUCAUUUCCAAAGAAGUGCCGAUAGCCCACGCCAGCACAGACCUGAGCGCGAGUCACUACCACCGUCUGCCUUUCGGCAUUGUGGAACUGUUCCUAGUCUCCAGGCAGGUGCACUUGCUGCGUGCCACGGAGCCAAGUUUAAGGGUCCAUUAUGUGUGGAGGGAGUGCGAGAGUGAGCCCAACCUGAGGGCCAUUGAAAACUGCAAACUGUCUUCCCUCAGUGCAGUUGGGAGCAAAGCGCAGCAGGCAAAGUAUUUGCUUGCUGGUACUGAACUACCAAAGACCACCUCACCGGCAGCGUCCUGACAGGUUUGCUGUGGUAACGACAUCCCUCUGAGUCUUUUGUGCACUCGUGGGCAGUAUUUCGUGCGUGGCUGUUACAAGAUACAGUACGACAUUUGACACUGCAUUUUUUUUUUAAGUUUUACGAGUUUUUUAAAGUUUGCUUCUGAAUUUUUAAGUUCUUCUAUUUUUUUUUAAGAUUUAGAUGAAGACAAUAUUUUUUGUUUUAUUUAUUUUUUACUUUAAGAAUGCUUUUUUAGGUUUUAAGCAAAGUCGGUGUUGCUACGUUUUUGUUUUCUUGAGUUUUAGCAAAGAAAUCUGAAGCCUCAUAAAUUUUGUUGAGAUUCUUGAGCACACCAUUUAUUAAUCCACAGAAGUUUCAAUGUCUGCCAUACUAGUUGUAUAUUUUAGUGUGCAGAAAAAAUGUAGUACAUUAUCUUGGGAAGACUUUGUAUGUUGUUACUCAAUGAUGUACACGUAGCUUGCUGAUCGCCAUCCUAGAAGUACUCGCACAAUAGUUUACGUUUUGAAUUCGUACCUUUUGUUUUAUCUGUCUCUCGUGCAAGGUGCUAUGUACUAUGCAACCACUUCAGAGGGACACAUGGCAUGAACAUCUUACCCAGGAUGAGAUUCGGGUGCUCAAAAUACUACAAACCUUUUUCUCUUUGGAAACUUGAAAAAAAAUAUUUUUUUUAUAACAUUACAUUUCACCAGGAGAGUGUAAACCAUGACUUGCAAUGUUCUAACAGUGCUUGUUAGAUUCAUCUUGUAGUUGUAUCACACAAAAUAUCGUAUUUUACAGAUACCUUUUUGUAUUUUACACUUUUAUGUGCUCAUCACUGUAUCGUCUACAUCACAUUUAGCUUUGUACCACCCUUCACAGGCGGGUGGUGCUCAUCGCAGCAGUCAUUUACAUCAUGCAUCUCUCGUGCGUGAACAUUGCUGUAAAAGGUUGCUCCCCCCCCCACCUGCUGCUCCCUGUCCUUGAGCUUCACUAGUUGACAGGGUAAUGAGUGCCUUUAGGUGCGGUCGUUCGGCAGAUUGCCUGCGGAUGGCCUCUACGCUCAGCUUGAUAAUUUUCACAGUUGGAGAAUGUUAUUUUGUACUGACAGAUACUUUUGUUUGCUGCUGUUUACGGCAGAAGCCCUCGCAAUUCUGAGAACGCACCUCUCAUCAUGCCAACCUAUUGCUCAUGCACUGUUUUUACUGCACUUUAUAGCAUAGAAGGAAUGCAGGCUUGUCUGGCAGUGCAGACAACCGCAGCACAUGCCAAAUUUUGAAAGUGGUUUUCAUGCGUUUAUUUUCAUAAAAAUGUUGAAUGAAUUGUAUAGUGCUGACAUUCUAUUGUUGCGUUUAUAUGUGUGUGUGGGCAUUGCGUUGUAGAACUGUACGGACAUGUGGGACGAUUUUAAGCAAGCUGCCUUAUUCUAGAGUGCUUUAAGUAUUUUGGGAGCAUAAGAACAAAUCUACCAGUUGUAUUAUUUCCUAAACAUCUCUACUCCUGGCUUUUAUACUUCUUUGUAGUACUAGUGCAACCACAGACUGUGUAGCAAUAAUAAGGUCCACAUUUUACAAAUAAUGUUGUUGUUGAAAGCUUUUGCAGAUUCAUUGCUGGGGCAUUUUGAAGAAGUUUGUUGCUUGGGUCUGCAUCUGUGAUACGAGGCCCAGAUGUUGUCAGAUAUUAAACUAUGUGUUCUUGGUUA